CCGUUGAAUCACGCAUUCUUCUGACAGUUACCGCACCGGGUAGUCGUGCUUUACCCGAGGGUUGGUUUGUUAAUUCUGUUUUCACAAUUGUAUAUUGUGACAAUUUAAAGUUUCAUAAUAAUAUAAUUACAUAUUAUUAUUAUUUUAUUUACGUGCCAAUUAAGGGUGGAAGUAUAAAAUUUAUCUGAAAUACUUUUUUACUAAUCACGUGGUUUUUAUUAUCAAAUUUGUUUUUUAUUUAAAGUGUUCAAUGGUUGUUUGUUUGUUUGUUUAAUUAUAAUUGUUAUAAUAAUUUUGGUUAUAUCGAUACAAGAAAAUAUGGCGCAAACUUGUAAUCAAAAAAGGAAUGUUUACAGCAUUGAUCAGAUUUUAGGCCACGCAAAAGAUGAAGAUAUUUCAGAUCAUGCUAAUUUAUUGGAAUCAGUACGUAAUGUACGAGGAUCUGGAGAAUCUGACAUACCAGAUUUCAAGGAAUUACCGACGAUAUCUGAUUUACCUGAAAUGAAUGAUAUGGAUCGACCUAAAAAAAUACGAAGAUCUCGUACAACAUUUACCACUCAUCAACUUCAUCAAUUGGAGAAGGCAUUUGAGAAAACUCAGUACCCUGAUGUUAAUUAUAGAGAAGCGCUAGCAUCGAGCUUGGAGCUUUCGGAAGCUCGAGUUCAGGUGUGGUUUCAAAACCGUCGAGCGAAAUGGCGCAAAAAGGAGAAAACACUGGGACGUGAUCCAAGUUAUAUGCACGUUGGUCAAGAUAUAAACGAUUUAUCACUUGCUCCACCAUUGAUGCAUAAUCCAUCGACUCCAAGUGGUGGAUUUCCCUGGUAUAUGCCAUCAGUAUUUUCACCCUGGGUAUCACCGGCAAAUGCUUCUAAAAUACCAGCACCUCUUCAAGCUGCAUUAUUAUCACAAUAUAUGGGGCUACCUUUAUCAUCAUUAAAUUCACUUCUUCCUGUCGGUUUUAAUUCAACCGGUGUAUUAGCUCACUCGCAGCUUCAACAUCAGCCACAGCAACAACAACAACAGCAACAUCAACGUGAUCAACUUAAUUCACAGCUACAGCAAAUUCAUCCGCUUCUUAUGGAUGUUCAGAAUAUUCCACAAAAUUUAAGUUCAAAAAAUGAUCGUGAUGAUGAUUCAACAUCUUCUGAAGAUGAAAUAAGAAGGCAGAGUGCACAAGUACUUAGGGUCAAAGCUGAAGAAGUUAUUCGUAAAUCGGGAAAUUAGGAAAAAUAAUAAAUAUUUAUUUUCGGAGCUGAAAGUUUUUAAAAUACAUAAUUAUGUGAGUGACGAGUUUACCAAAGACAAACUAGAGUGGGUUGACGAUAUAGGUAUAUUAAUAAUAAUUAUAAGAAAGUGAAUUAUUUAUUUAUUUCAUUUGAAAGUUGAAAGUUCUAGAUUUUGUGAUAACGAUUUAUGUGUAAAUAAACAACCGAUAAUAGUUACCGUUUCUUUAGUGAUUAUGUAUAUAGAGUGUAGCAAUCUGUUUUAUUGAAAACCACAUUUCAUCAUUAACAUUACCCUGGUUUAUUAUUUGUUUAUAACCCAACCGCCACAGUAUAAUAUAGUGGUUGAUUUUCCAUUUUUUAUUUAUUUACUAGCAAUAACUUUUUUUUUUUUUUUUUUUUUAUAGUAAACAUAUCGAUAAAAUCAUACAAAAAAUAACGAUAAUAAUAAAAUAAAAAAUAAUAAAUUGAAAAAUAUAUUCGUUAAUAAUUUUUGUACUAUAAAAUUGUAUUAUAUUAAAUUAUCAAAUUAAUCAUGUAAAUAUGUAGGUAAUAAAUCAUUAUAUAACGUUUAAAAUGAAAUG